AUGUCAGAUCCUAAGAUGAACCAGCUCUUGGAGGAGGUCAACAGUCUUGUCAACCAGGCAGAAGACAUGGAUGAACUCCAAAGGCUGCAUGAGGUCAUCCACAUGCAACAAGAGGCAGCAUCAUACAUCCAGCCAUCCACCAGCCAGCCAUCUGUGAGGUGGAUUAAGAGGGACAGUGGAGGGAACAUUAUUUAUGGGAGGCCAAGAUUCUCCAGAAAGCGAGCAGCAGGUCUUAGCCUCAGACAAACUGGAAAGACAGGUGGUUCCCCUUUCAGGGCUCCGGAAACCAGUGUGGAAAUGACCAAUGACUUUUCUCACAUAAACGCUGAGUCUUUCCUUCAAGAACUAAAGCGCUCACUGGGUGAAGAUUUAGAUGACAAAGAAACACCACCACAAGCUUCCAGUGAUUGGUCAGUGAGAAAAAGUCUUGUCUCAGGGUGGUGGGCGAAAGUGAGGCCCUGGUUGGUGGACAAAAUGGUGGCUAAGCAGCAUGUGGCAAGUCCAGUCUGCCAGAAAUGUUACUCCAGUCCAGCUAUGAUCCAUUGUUGUGACUGUCGACCACACCCCUUCCUCUGUGCCCGUUGUGACAGCAGCAUCCACAAGGCUCAAGUCUUCCACAACAGGGACUCAAUUAGAGAAGGCUUCUUUCAGCCAUUGCCUCCGACAUCCUGUUUUGUGGAGAAGGUUCUUACCCAGUGCGUAGAGUAG